CAUUUUUAAAUAUUAUACUCAAAUUUUACCUUGAAAAAUGUUUUGGUGAACGGUAGCAACUCAAAACUAACGCUGAAAAAAAAAACAUUUUUAUUGUAUCUGUUUCGAGGUCAUUUUUGUGACAGAGGAACCAAACAAAUUAUGAAAAUAGUAGGAUUUAAUGAUGCACAGUUCGUUUUAUGGCAAUAUUAAUGUUAUAGUCUAGUUACAUCAGGAUGUUUUUUUUUAUCUGUUUAACUUGAGCUAAAGUAUCUUCUCAUUUGAAUAAAUGUCUAUUUUUAACAUGUAUGUGAAAGAGCCUUUUUUCCAAACAUACUGACUGCUGGCCAGUAGCUUUAGUGAUUUUUAUAGAAACAUUCAUUGACUGGACUAUUUGGUUAAUAUUUUAAGCUUUUUCAAAGCAACAAACACGUCUGCAGCCUGCGUAGAGUCACAGAAACAAAUGGAGACAUAUAAAUCAUAGAAUCAACAAGCAGAGUCCAUUUAAUUUGACAUAAUAUAAAACAGCAAGCUCAAAUGGGGAUCUGUAACCUACUUGGUGUCUAUUUUUGUGCCACAGACUGGAUAACUGACCUGAGAGCAUGUAUAAAUUAUGUAUUUGGGUCACAGCAUUCCCUUAGCCCACCCAUCUGGGACCAUGUCAUAGGACACCGAACUCGUGAUCUAACACAUCACUGCUUGCCAACAUCACGCAGGCUGAGCUGGUUCAACCUCCAAGGAAUGUGUUUGUUCAAGUCGGCUGUAGUUUGCCCUUCCCCUUGCUGGAAGCAAUUAUCAGCUAUCUCAACGAGUUUCAGGAAAACAACACAUAAGGAAGAACUAGGUCUAGCCCAUAUACUGCUCACUGUGAUUUCCUGGAUAGGACGACUGGAAUAUUCCAGAAUGGAGCUUGUGAAACACUCUGGCGGAUGCCACUGUGGAGCUGUUAGAUUUGAAGUCUGGAGUUCUCCUGACCUCCAUGUGUUUCACUGCAAUUGUAGUGUUUGCACGAAAAAACAAAACCACCAUUUUAUCGUCCCGAAGAGUUGCUUUACUCUUUUACAGGGGGUAGACAAUCUGACCACCUAUACCUUCAACACUCAUGUUGCUAAGCACACCUUCUGUAAAACCUGUGGAGUUCAAAGUUUCUACACACCACGAUCCAAUCCCGAUGGAUAUGGCGUUGCUCCACACUGUCUGGAUCCAGGAACUGUGCGCAGCGUCAUCGUGGAGAAGUUUUGCGGGGAGAAGUGGGAAGAAAGCAUGCAAGCUCACAAGAGCAUCAAAGACAUGUCCAAACCUGAAGGGGACAUGCUGUAAAAAUAACUGCUGCUACACAACUU